CAGAUCUGAACGCAGCCCAGUUCUGCGUCCCCCUCUUUUCUAAGCCAGCUGGUCUGGCUUAAUAACACUUCUUUCUUUCACAUUCUUUUUUUUUAAAGAUCCUUUUCUUGUUUGAUACAAGGGAUUGACUGAUCAAACCCACAGCUGGAGCUGCUGGGGAACCUUCCAGGUGAAGACAGAACGAAAAGCACUGGUGCUCGCCGACACCCUCCUGAGAGGCGCGUGCUCCAGGAGGAGACCCACCGAUGGACUGAACCGCUGGACGGGGAGACGCAGGGAGAAGUCGAGGAGGCCGUGCGGGACGCAGCGGAGAGGAGCCAGCCAGCAGUUUGGGAUUGAAAAGUGAAAAACCGUGAGGUCCUGAAAGUCAAACAAAGGAGCCAGAGGAGAAGACGUUUGUGAAAAGGAGCAAAAGCAACAGAAAAAAUACCGAAGAUGGGGAGAAAAAAGAUCCAGAUAGCACGGAUUAUGGACGAACGAAACAGACAUGUGACGUUCACCAAGCGCAAGUUUGGUCUGAUGAAGAAAGCCUACGAGCUGAGCGUGUUGUGCGACUGUGAGAUUGCCCUCAUCAUCUUCAACAGCACCAACAAGCUGUUUCAGUACGCCAGCACCGACAUGGACAAAGUUCUGCUCAAAUACACCGAGUACAACGAGCCCCACGAGAGCAGGACCAACUCCGACAUCGUGGAUACGCUACGUAAGAAAGGUUUAAACGGCUGUGACAGCCCUGACAUCGAGGCCGACGACUCUGCUGGCCAGAGCCCAGAGUCCGAAGACAAGUACCGCAAAAUCAACGAGGACAUCGACCUGAUGAUCAACAGGCAGAGAAUCUGUCAGGGUCUGCCUCCCUCCAACUACGACAUGGGGCUGUCCCUCCCGGGCAGCAACGCCAGUGGACUGCUGUACUCCCACCCUGGCAUAGGGGGCGGUCUGGGAAACCACAGCCUGCUGCCCAUCUCACACACACACCCCUCCCUGCAGAGAAACAGCAUGUCCCCUCAGCGGCCCUCGAGCACUGGAAAUGCAGGACUGAUGGGUUCAGAGCUGCCGAGCACCGUGGUCUCCAGCCUGGGAAAUGGCACCUACAGCAACCACUGCACCUCCCCCGGGCUGCUGUCUCCGGGAGGAGUCUCCAAAAACCUGCAGGAUAAGAGUCCUCCCUCCAUGAGCAUGAGCUGCAAGCCCGACCUCCGAACACUGAUGCCCCCCUCCAACAAGUGCAGCAACAUGCCAACUAUUAACCAGAGAAUAAAUCACUCUCAGACCGCUCAGACGCUGUCGACUCCCGCGGCCUCCGUCGCCGCUCAGACUCUACCUGGACAGGGGAUGGGCGGGUAUCCGUCGACCCUCACCUCCUCUUAUGGCACAGAGUUCUGCCUGGGAACCGACCUGUCCUCUCUGUCUGGCUUUGGAGGUUCUGGUCUGGGAUCAGUGACGAGCUGGCAGCAGCAGCAGCAGCAGCAGCAGCAGCAGAUCCAGAACCUGCAGCAUUCAGCGCUGGGGCACAUGGGGAACAUGUGUCAGAACUCCAACCUGAACCUCGCCUCCGGUCAUCAGAACCUGCACAUCAAGUCUGAACCAGCCUCUCCUCCCAGAGACCGGAGCAUCGGCAUGGUCGGCUCAGGGCUCGGGGGAGGCCUGACCACAGCCGGAUACUCCACCUCUGUCCGGGGUCCCCCCGAACCGGGCCGGUCCCCCGGCGACAGCGCGUCCAGCUGCGGGAGCUCGUAUGAAGGCAGCGAGGAGCGCGAGGAUCUCCACGGCAACGACAACUUCCUUCUCCGACCUCUGUCCAGUCAGGAGCAGCGCCACAGCCCGUCGGUCAAGCGGAUGAGGCUAUCGGAGGGCUGGGCCACAUGAUGGGAGCCGGUCUACGAUCAGAGGGGAAGGGAUGUUAGUAAAGUUACCUAUAGUGUUGUUAUUAUUAUUAUCAUCAUAUUCUUCUUGUACUGAGUGGGUGUGCUAUAUGUGUAAUGGUAAUGUUUGUGGGGGGGGGGGCAGACUCAGACAGUGUCGGUCUGUUUUAUAUGAUACAGUGAUGCUCUGCUGUAUUUACACCAUGUACUGUAGCUAGCCUUUUACACUAGAGGAAUGACUCCUGGAGACCGGGACUGGUGUGCAAAACGUGUAAGAAAUGGUCCUCAGACGACAUCUAAAUUUUGAUUUACGACUCCAAAAAAAGAAACGCAUGCAGCAAAAAUGAGGCUUUAGGAGCUCUGACUGUCAUUUAAUGUCUUGUAAUGGCGAUAUCGGCGACAAACGCAGCAACACAGAACAACUCAGACACAAUUAUCCCCCGAAACCAUCCUAAAGCAAAAAAAUAUCCCACAAAUCGCCGCUUCACAAGGGGUUUUGUUUUGAACUCCCCUUUAAGAAAAUUGGGAGUAACGGGGGUCUACUGGGCCUCUGGCAACAGAAACAAAAGUCCAGCUGGAACACUGUAACCAGGUGGCAGUAACUCAAACGGACCUACCCAGGACCCCCGAGUCCGUUUCUACUGGACGGGCUGCGGCUUCCACACCUCGCCCGGAUGCACAAAAGAUAAAACUGAUUCAGUUGGACUGCGGUGAGAGUAAUCACGGAGCAACAAAUGUUAAGGAAGUCGAAAAUAAAGACAUUCGGACAAGCACACAUUAGAUUUCAAACUCGGUUUUCUGUGAAUAAUUGUCACAGUUAUCGCAUUGGUAUUGUCAGCGUUAGACCAAAGAAGAUUCAGGAAGAAUUCACAGCGUGCAACCGUGUAUGUCGCUUUAAAAAGGGAAAAUUAUAUUUUGGAAAUGUUCAAUAAUAAGUUAAUAAAAAGACAGAAUCUGUCAUAAUACCCACAAGAAGAAAGAGUGGAAAUCGUCCAGUUCAAGACAUGAUGGAGUCAGCGUCCGAACAAUCAAACGUUCGCAUCAAAUAUUCAAAGUCUCCAGUUGUUACUGGUGUUGGCCGAGCUACGACAAAGAAGAAUUGUGUUGAGGCCGAACAGCAUCAGUAAAGAAAAAUAGAAACGGAGAAAUGAUCAUUUCGUCUCAUUCUAAAGGAUCUAAACAUCAGGAGACCUCGUCAAGCCACGUUUCAUUCUAACAUGAUGAACACACGAUGUUUAUCAUGGAUCUGAUAAACACGCAGACAAGUUACAGGACAUCCAGGGAUGAGAACAGUCCUCUGGGGAAAUAUCUUGGGAGCUCUCCCCACGCACGCUGCAGAACAAUGAAGCGAAUGUGAUCUCGGAGAGAAUGAAUGAAAUCGUCUUCCCGGGACUGUUUCUCACAGGUUUUACGCCAACGGUCUGGUCCAGGAUGUCGUUUAACAUGAACAUGUACCGAAGCGGCCGCAGAGGUAGUGGAUGUACAUGUAAUGUUUAGUUUGUGUGUGUUCUGGGGAGGUUUGAGUAAAUAACAAAUAUGUUAAAUGCACACUCACAUAUGUGCACAUGUAUGCAAACUAACAAAAAGGUAAAGGUGAAGAAGUCUGGUACUCUGAAGGGUGAAGCUACUUAAGAAGGCGUGGAUCAUUGGAGCCACGAGAGCAGGCGUGCUGGGGUGAACCGCUCGGCUUCGCUGCUGCACGGGCCGUGUUGCAGGUUCAACAUAUUUGGGCACAUAGAAAAACAAAAGCACAUUUCAAUAAUAAAGUGUGGAAGGUAAAGCUUGGCAACUAGAAGAGGUAGAAAGAGGGAGCAUGAGUAAGUGGAGAAGGAGAAGGAGAAAGGUAGAGGCAGAAGAGAGAAAUGGCGACCGAGGAAGUUUUCCUGUCAGUGAUUAGAAACGUAUUUGCAACAGGUUGCAUAGAAAAGAAGCUUUGGACAAGUUUCAGUUACCGGAGUUACCGAAUAAUUUGCAGAGCCGCGUUAGCGAAAAUGAGGAGUUUUGGUGAACGCAAUCCAGAUACGCAACUCUAUGGAAGCAAAGAUCAUCUUAAUCUAAGAAUUUACACAAUAAGUAACUGUGAAAAUGAACCACUACUGAAUACGUCCAUCGUUUCUUUUAAAAAUCAAUGUAUUUGCACAUUAAGGAUACAACUAUUAUAAGUGAUGACACGCUCAUAGCUACACAUUCAUGAACUAAAGAUAAACCGAAGCCUGUGGAGGAGAGAGAGGAGGCUGGAAGCGUAAAGGAGGAGCCGUCGUAAAAACUCACAGGAAUACAUUCAUUCUUAAUGGAGAGGGAUGGAAAACUGCAAAACAGAGAAAAAGUAGCAGCGAAUGAACACUCUUAAACAAGCAAAGAGCCACUAUGCAAGUCUUAAUGUCACAAAGCAGAGUCUCUGUAUCAAAACUGAUUCAGUACAGCUGAAGUUGGAGCAGUGAAAUGUUAAACUUUCAAAACCAUCUAGGUGGAUUCAUGCGGCUCGGUGAUUUUCCUCUGAAAUGUUCUGAUCCUCUCAUCCGAUCUGUCACGUGAUCCGAAGAAGACAGAACUUGAGAUGACCCGGAAAUUCGGAGAGCCGAAAAUCCCACCGCCAACGUUCACACAGGCGGCUUUUAAAUCAGAAUAUUCCGGUGCAAUGGGAUUUCAAUUUCAAUGUUAAGUAUUCUAUAGUGGUUUUAUUUCAGACUUUGGUAUCAAUGCGCUUAAAAAAAAAAAGAAAAAAAAAAGAACUAUUUAUGGCCCUUCUUUGCUUCCAUACAAGACGACCUGCAUUAUUUUCCUAUGAAAACAACACAGCGUCUGUGGGUUCAUGUGUCAAACAACAGAGAACUCGCAUCUAAAACUGACAAGACCCCAGUGGUGAAUUAUGCACGGAGGGAGUCGGCAUGUGCUCGCAGCUCUGCAGGAUUUAGCAGAGCGAGGCCUGCGCUCCUAAAAGCCAUACCCAACGGGACAGUGAUGCGUUGCUGCACAAAGUUUAUAGUGUUAUGUUUUUAAAAAAGUUUCCUUCCUUAUUAUAUCAAAUUGAUAUUUUUGGAUGUCUGCAGCUCUAUUUAAUAAGAUAACGGUAAUAUAAUGAGCAGAGGCAGGAGGCACAGGUGCAAACCAUUUUCUAACCAACAUUCAGGGAGAUUUUAGGCCAGUUGGAAGUCCUGCACCCUGAGUAAGAAUCCCACGUAGAGUCUGCCGUUCGGCUGGUGUCAGAGCCGGCAUUAUCUCGCAGAGCACAGAGACAAUCUGCUGUGCUCCACGCCGGGCGCAACGCGGAUGUCGCCCUGCUGAUUACCGAAAUAUAUCGGCAGCGGUGGAAGAGCUACUCAGAACAUUUGCUUAAGGAAAAGUAGAAAAAGCUCCAUUACAAGGAAAAGUCCUGCAUGAAAAGUCCUACUAAAGUGAAAUUACAUCACAGUAAAAGUACUUCAGGUAGUCCCAGUAUCACAGUAAAAGUACUUCCUGGAGUCCCAGUAUCACAGUAAAAGUACUU